AUGCUCAUCCUCCGUGUUCUAGUAAGCCCCUUUCCUCCGACUCGGUAUGUUGAUGUGUUUUGUGAGAAAACUGAAGCAUUUGAAGAAGAGGCCUGCUAUUUCAUAGGAGCGUGCCUUCAUCAUCAUCAAUUGGUGUGCGCCAGAACAAAGAAAACCAAACGCUGCUGGCGCCUACAUCUACGCCACCGAAGCCACAGCGCAGCCGCCAAUGAUCUUGAUCCCGGCCGGGCUGGUCCCCUACCGCGUUUGCAACCGAACAUUUCCUCCGGACCGGAUGCAGCUGCAGGAGCACAAACACAUCUGCAUGAGGACCAACGCCAAGAAGCGACGAGUGUACAACAGCGCCAAGCACCGCGUACCCACUGA